AUGGAAAUCGUUCACCUGCUUCUAGACUUUACCCUGCUGCCCGUGAGCAUCGCGUUCCUCCUCUUCAUCGCGCCUUUGGUAGCGGCAAUGCGCUUUGCGACGUGGGCUUUUGGCCUCUUCUUCCCGGAGGACGUUCGAGGCAAGGUCGUUGUCAUCACGGGCGCGUCGUCGGGCAUCGGUCAGGAGGCAGCACGGGUAUAUGCGCAGAAGGGCGCGCGAUUGGUGUUGGCGGGACGGCGGGAGGAGGAGUUGCGGCGCACUGCGGAAAUGUGCAAGAUGGAGGGCGCGGAGGCGCGCGUUGCUCUGGUGGACGUGACGGUGGCGGCGGAGUGCGAGAAGCUCAUCAACGACACCAUCGCCGCGUUCGGACGCCUGGACCAUCUGGUGAACAACGCGGGCAUCGCACACAGCUUCUUCAUGGAGGAGGCCAAGAACACGGACGUCGCAGAAGUCAUGGAUGUGAACUUCUGGGGCGCCAUCUAUCCGACGUUCUAUGCGCUGCCUCAUCUGCGGCGCUCCCAGGGCCACAUCGUCGUCACCUCGUCUGUGGCGUCCUUCAUCCCAUACCCCCGCAUGGCCAUCUACAAUGCAGCGAAAGCAGCGCUGGUGAACUUCUUUGAUACGCUGCGUGUGGAGGUGGGUGACGAGGUGGGCAUCACCGUUGCCACGCCGGGAUGGGUGGAGAGCGAAAUGACGGCUGGCAAGUUCGUGACAGCCGAAGGAAGGGUUGUGUGGGACAAGGAACAGAGAGAUCGCUACGUGCGGGUGCCGUCAUGGUACACAACAUUUCUCUACUACCGUGUCUUUGCCCCGGAUGUGAUGGAGAGUCUAUCCCGGCUCUUGUUCACGGCUCCCCGGGGGAAGACCCCAAUCAGCAAGAUGGUGGUGGAAGCUGUGAGUGUGCUGGUGGAGCUGAACAAGGCAUGGGGCAUGUGGCCCAAGAACACCAACGCCACCACUGCGUGCACCGCGUGGCCUGGCGUCCACUGCACCCCGCGCGGAUUCGUCGUUGCUCUAACUCUGAAUGAAGCGGUGGACCCCGGGCCGCCACCAGGUGGCGUGAUACCGCCCUCCAUCACCCGCCUCUCCGCCCUGCAACACCUCGAUCUGACAUACGGCAUUUACCUGAAGGGACCCUUGCCAUCGCUCGCCGCGCUCACCCGCCUCACCUAUCUCGCGCUGGGAGAAGACAGCGUGUGCAAGCUGACUGGCACUUACGGCGACCUCACGUGGCUCUCCACGCUCUCCAAUCUGCAAACGCUGAGGCUGACGGAUAUGGUGGAGUUCAAAGGAGACCUCUCCUCCCUCGCCAUAAUCUCCAACCUCCGUUCCCUCCGCGACCUGAGGCUGUGCAGUCUCACCAACGCCACAGGGCAGAUUCCCAGGGACCUCCGAUACUUGACUGUGCUCACUGCACUCGACCUGUCAUACCUGCGCGCCUCAGACUUCCCCGACUGGGUGGUGCAGCUCUCCAACCUCCGCACCUUGAACCUGAACACGGACGAGGUAACCCGCCACGGGGUGCUGCCAGAUGGCAUCUCGCUGCUCACCAACCUCACUCAGCUAUUGAUUAACCGGAACAACCUGGCGGGCUAUUUGCCGGGAGGGUUGUCCAACCUGGUCAACCUGCAACAACUCUCGUUGAAUUACAACAUGAUCCAAGGCGCCAUACCGGGGGCGUACUCCACAUUGACAGCGCUCACGGCACUCGACCUGUCGUGGAAUCAGCUGUCAGGGGCCAUACCGCCAAUCUUCACCACCAACCUGGAGUCCUUAAUUCUAAGCUACAAUGGAUUUGAGAGCAGCAUCCCGCCACAUCUCGCCCUGCCCACCCUCACAGAGCUGGAGCUGAAGUACAACCGCUUCACAGGGGGCUUCCCCGCCACCUUCACUCGCCUCACCGCCAUCUACGUCUUGGAUGUGACAAACAACAGUCUGUCGGCGGGGCUGGACGUCAUCGCGCGCAUGCCCUGGCUCACUGACAUCAUGCUCAGCACCAACAACUUCUCUGGCGCCAUCCCAGAGUUCUUCACAGCUUUCACAAGCCUCGGGAGCAUAGACCUUUCCAACAACCGCUUCACCGGGCCCUUUCCCGACCUGCUUCUCACCCACACGGGGCUUAUAGUACUGAACCUGGCGAACAACAGCUUCUCAGGGCGCAUCUCCCAGCAGUUGAGCGCGCUCACGGACCUGUCUGACAUAAAUUUGAGUGACAACCAGUUCCAUGGGGCCAUCCCAUCAGCCCUCUACCAGCUGCCCUCGCUCCUUUCACUGCAAGUGGCCAACAACUUCCUCUUGGGCGGCCUCCCACCCUCCCUCAAGGCAUCCUCCUCCCUUACCAUGCUCGAUGUGGCGGGCAACGGCAUCACAGGCAACCUGCCCGACUUCUCCCGCUGGCGUGUCAACCUUGUUCGCCUGGCGGCGAACAACAACAACCUCACGGGGCCCAUCCCCGACUCCAUCUCCACGCUCACCUCGCUUGACACCAUCAUGCUGAACGACAACCAGCUGUCGGGGUCCAUCCCAGACGCCCUGCUCACCCUCACCAACCUCAAGUUCCUGUACCUGGCGAACAACCAGCUCAGCGGCACCUUGCCCUCCGCCAUCAGCCGCCUGCAGAACCUCGAGCAGCUGUGGCUGGACAACAACAGCAUCCAAGGGAUUCUGCCCCCCUCCAUCUGCUCGCUGCCCGUUCUCUGGCGCAUCAUGGUGAGCAACAACCACCUACACGGGCCCUUGCCGGUGUGCCUCUUCGACAAGUGCAUCAACCAGAUUGACGUGAGUGGCAACAGCCUGUACGGGCGUGUGAACCGCAACUUCCGCAACAUGGUGGCGGACGGGGACGCACUCGUGAACCUGGCGCGCAACUACUUCAACGGCGACGCCGUGCUCUUUGCGGACGGCUGCCAGGUCUGCCCCAUCGAGAUCAACCAGCCCAACCGCCUUGAGCUCGGCGACACCAGCACCUCGAAUGCGGCGGGCAAGUGCGUGGGGAGCGUGUCGGCCAUGCGCGACUACUCCGUGGCGGGCGCUGGCAAGAGCGCACGCGUGAGCCUCUCCUACAACUGCCUCACGCUCAAUGCCGAGAUGCCCUGCUCCUCCAACGCCACCCAGCGCAGCACUGCCGAGUGCCAGGCGUUCUGCAGCAUCACGGAGAACGGCCCGUGUGACGGCCAUGGCGAGUGCGUGCCACCCGCCCCCGGUGCCAGUGGCAACUUCUCGUGUGUGUGUGAUGCGGGGUACAGCACACUCACCUCGGUCAACGGCUCCACAUGCGGCAUCGUCAACUCCACCACCACCGUUGUGUCGUCGCUGUCCACGGGCGCCAUAGUGGGCAUUGCAGUGGGGUGCUUUGCGGGCAUCACGCUGCUCACCGCUGUGCUCGCAUGGCUGCUCUGGCCGCGUGGACCAAAGAAGUGGGAGGGGUUGGACGUGUGUGAGCAGUUCUCGCUGCAGCAGAUAAUGAAGGCCACCAACAACUGGGCGGCGGAGAACGUGCUGGGCGAGGGUGGCUUUGGCAUUGUGUACAAGGGCGUGUCACCACAGGGCCUGCUGUGGGCCAUCAAGCGCUCCACCGUCAUGACCAACGAGUUCGAGACUGAGGUGCGGGCGAUGGCGAACCUGCACCACGUGAACCUGGUGCGGCUGCUGGGGUUCUGUCUGGACCAGAACACGGAGACGGGCAAGCAGGAGCAGAUCCUCGUGUACGAGUUCGUGGGCAACAGGGACCUGCAGUACCACAUCCACAAGACCAAGCGCGCGUUGUCGCUGCGGCAGCGGUUGCGGCUGGCGCAGGGCACGGCGGAGGGGCUGGCAUACCUGCACGGGUUUGAGACGUCCAUCGUGCACCGUGACAUCAAGCCCGCCAACAUCCUGGUUACCCACGACAUGCAGGCCAAGGUGGCUGACUUUGGGCUGCUCAAGCGCCUCACUCACGGCGCCGAUGCGGACGCCACGCGAGUGGCGGGCACGCCCGGCUACGUGGACCCCGACUACAACCGCACGCAGAUGGUCACCGCCAAGAGCGACGUCUUCAGCUACGGCAUCGUGCUGCUGGAGCUGCUCACUGGCAAGUCACCGCAGGUCAACAACAAGACUCACAUCCGCAAAUGGGCGGCGAAGCUGGUGGAGGCGUACGAGUUGGAGCAGCUCAAGGACGACAGCCUGGAGUGCAGUGAGGAGGCCAUUGUGGACUUCGCCGACCUGGCACUGGACUGCAUCAAGUCACCGGGCACACGGCGCCCCGACAUGAAGGACAUAGCGUACCGCCUCAAGACGCUCAUUGACAAGCACUGCCCCAACAGGGAGGACGAGUGGGAGUGCGUGGAAGGCGACGACAAGGCGCGCCUGACUGAGUUGUCGGGGUCGGGGGCAGCAUCGGGCAUGUCGUCUAACAUGUCAUCCGGCCUGUCUUCAGGCUUGUCCUCGGGAGUGAGCGCGGGUGACUCGCAGAUGUCACAGGGGUCGUACAAGGCAGGCAACUCCUUCAUGAGCCUCGGCUCCAACGUCAGUGGUGUCAGGAGCUGGCUGCAAUCCAAGCUUGCCGGAGGCCGCUAG